AUGCAAAUUCUGAAGCGAAGACACACUAGUGGCAUCUACUCGGUAGUUGUGAUCCUCAUCGGAGCAGUCCUUGCAUAUGGAACAUUUGGAACGACGCUGUGGGUUCAGGGAUCCCCUGAGGGACAAAAACCCGUCGACAACACACCACUCAAUGGAAGCAAGCCUGCAGACCCUCAACUGCGUUUGCACCCUGAGGGCAACGGAAAAAAGAGAGUCCGGAGGUCGAUUGUUGACACAAUUGUUAAGACGCUUUGGAACAUAUUUUGGGGAAAAAAGCCUACCGAUAAGGAAAUUGACGAGAAAAUCAGAAAUAAGACGGAGGAGUUGAAGCGUUGGGCCGAAGAAGGAGAUCUCGCCGAAUCAUGGCGUGUGGAUGUCCCCGAACCCGUACAAUACUAUGAUGAGCUCAGAUACGUAUAA